AGCUGUCACCACAGUUUCUGACAGAUCAUUGCUGUAAACUCUUGUGAACAUGGUGCUUCUCUAGUGGCAGUGACUCUGCUGCUUCCACCAUGCCCUGUUUGGGCCAUCAACUCUCUCAACGAAGUUGAUGCCAUCACAGCCGGCGAACUACAAGUCCUACAGGCUGGAGGAUGGGGAACGUGAUGCGAGGUGUGAAUGCGAAAAAAAAUGUCAACACAGAUACCUGUGACAGCUCUACAAAGGGUUUGGAAGAUGACAUGGUGGUGGUGCUUCAGGACUAUCCAUCAGCGGAAAUCAGCGAGCCCAUCUACAGGAUGGGGGAGAAGCUCAGACUUAUCGCCCAGGAUGCCUACUGGUGGAGAGUCUGCUCUGUCCAAACAGGAAUGGAGAACUACAUACCCUACAGCCAUGUGGCAAAAGUCUACCAUGGUUGGCUGUUUGAAGGGGUGGAGAGGCAGAGGGCUGAGGUGCUGCUCAGUCUACCUGGGAACAGAGUGGGCUCCUUCCUGGUGCGGGAGAGUGCCAGAGAGAGGGGUCAGUACUCGCUGUCAGUGAAGCACAGGACCAUAAAGCACUAUCGUAUCUUCAGACUGGACAACAGCUGGUAUUACAUCUCUCCUCGCCUCACUUUCCAGUGCCUUGAAGAUAUGAUUAACCACUACUCUGAUUUUGCAGAUGGCCUAUGUUGUGUGUUAACGGCACCAUGUCUGUCAGGCAUGACCCCAACACCAGCUGCAACCUCUGAAGCUCCACCUGUGGUCAUGAGACGCAACUUUGACUGGAAGAAAGUAGAAAGAGGACAGCUCGUCAGCACAGAGAGCUGCAGUGACAACAUGGUGAGCUACGGAGUCAGGAACAGUAUCGCUGCCUACCUGUCCUUUUCCGGGAAUCAACCAAAUGCAGAGACGGGAGCAAAGAACAGAAAGAAAAAGAGUAAAUCUGUUUAUGCGCUCCCUCAAAGCAGCCUUGGAAACAUUGACUAUGAUGAAGACUUCUAGAAACAGCAGAUGGACUCAAAAGACUGGAAUACAGUAGAGGGCAUCCUUCUCUAAAUCCACCACAUUUCUAAUGUCGACAGUGGGCUGCGCUGAGCCAACAUUUGUAUUAAGCAUCUCAAACUUUGAAGUGUGUUUUAGUUAAUAAUAUGAGCACUUUGAAGUACUUUAACAAUAAUGCAAAUUGCAUGACCACUUACACGGUGACUCAGCUGAUAAGACAAAACUUGAUAGAGUUGAACUGGAUGGUGGUACAAUCGAACUGUGAUGUGCGGCCUGCACAGAAGCUGGAAAAACAGCCUGGCAUUAUGAUAGUAAAAAGAAGACUUGAAUGCUGUGGGUACUGUUGGCUUAUAUCAAUGUAUAUAUGAGCAUUAGUUAUUUUCAAACUAUGUUUCUGGGUUUUUAAUAAAUCCAAGAUUGUAAAAAAUAUUCAUCAACUUAAACAUGUAUAAAAAAUG